GCUUUCUCAGUCUCGAUUUGACGGCGAUUGUGGCAACAUGUCAAGAUCGGAGCUCCUUAUCAGCAUCGUCAUUGGCCUGGGUCUAAUCUCUCAUUUGACCUUGGCUGAUUCGGUGUCAAAUUUAUCUGUUACACCCACGCCCUUAUCUCGUUCGGCUGUUGAGGGCAUUGAACGACUCUACAAUCAGGUUCUACAGCGAACUAUAGAAGAUGCCUAUCAACGAUUAAUUCGUUUGAAUGACAGCAAUAUCAUUGAUAGACAAUAUUUCGAAGAUUUGGAUACGAUAUUCAGUAAUGAGGAUUAUUAUAGUACAGCUUACUAUAUCUUUGCCUGGAUCAAUAGUGAUAUUAUGAUGCAAGCGCAACCCGAUAAAUUGCUAGCCGAAGUUCUACCCGUUGAAAAGGCGGCCAUACGUAAUUUCUAUACAAAAUUGAAAAUACAUUUGGAAAAAUAUUUACGUUUAAGUCGUCAGAAUAACAAAACGGAACUACUCCAGAAUGUGACGCGUUGGCAAAGUGAAACUCAAGAUACUAUAGUCAUGUCCUAUAUAGAGUUUCCCCGCAAUUUACAAAAACAAAUUCCUGAAUUACAAUUGAUGGACUAUACCAAAUUGGCCAAAGCACUGCUUGAAGGUGUGGCAGCGGGCAUAUGGAAAGGUUAAUUUAAAAAAAUACUUAUAUACAUAUAUUUAUAUAUUA